AUGAAUGGAAAGUUCCAAAAUCCAACUACUGGUGUCAUCGAAGAGAUAACCGACAAGAACUUUGUGAUUUGCGGGCCUCCAUUCAUCAAAACCACAUGGAUAAAUCUGAAACCUGGCGACGGUUUUCGCAUUAUAUGCACCGACUUUCCACCCCCAAUCGAAGAUGUUUUCGUUGCUAUUGCGGGCCAUGUGAAAGAAAAGGCGUACGAAAUCGAAAAUAUCAGCGCGACCAAGUAUGAAAUGACGGUGGUCUGUUCAAGCGAUCUGACUCAGGAGAUGAUGCACGAGGUGGUGAUGCGGAUGAAAGGGGAAUUGUGGAAGGAUGUGUACGUUCCGCCGGAGGCAAUUGCGGCUUUCGAGGCAUUUGUGGAAGAGGAGCGAAAGAAGGAGAAUCCUCGGUUCUGA